AUGAGUCCCGAAAAACGGAGAAAGUUAGAUUUGGCAGCUCCCAACCUCAUUCAGAGAGCCUGUGAGGUGGUAAAGAAGAUUGCUAAGGGCUGUGGAGACGAAUCCGGUUUUGGGGAUUUCAGCAUUACGUUUUAUGACACGGCGUGGCUGUCCAUGGUCACGAAGCCAGAUACCACUGGCUCAGAUCAAUGGACAUUUCCAGAAUCAUUCACGUUCGUUCUGCACCAUCAACGCGAGGACGGGUCCUGGGGCGCAUGCUCGUCUCCUGUUGAUGAGAUCCUCAAUACACUAGCUUGUCUUCUAUCUUUGCUAGCUCACAAGGCUUCAAUCGGAGAUGAACGUUACGGUUCUUGGAAAGAAGAGGCUAUCGUGUAUGAUGGGCGAAUCUCCCGGGCAAUUGCCUUCCUAUCAAAUGCACUGAAGCAAUGGGAUGUUAGCAUCACCGUGCAUGUUGGAUUCGAGAUUCUUGUGCCUAGCCUACUAUCCCAAUUGGCACAACAAGGCAUCGACAUCGACUUUCCAGGCAAAUCCAUGCUAAUGGAGCUACAUGCACACAAGAUGGCCCGAUUUGUGCCUGAGAUGGUAACUGGAAAGCACCAGACGACGCUGCUUCACUCUCUAGAAGGGUUGAUUGGGAAAGUAGAUUUCGACCAGCUGGCACAUCAUUGCACAUCAUACGGCGGUAUGCUGGGCUCGCCGGCCUCAACGGCAGCAUAUCUGAUUCACAGCACUCACUGGGACAAUGCUGCCGAGCAGUACCUCCGCAAUGUAAUCCGGAGUUAUGGCUCGUCUGGCGGCGUGCCGAGCGCUUUCCCCGCCCCUGUCUUCGAAACAUCGUGGACAAUUUCCACGCUCCUCUCCAAUGGAUUCACGGUAGGCGACUUCAACAGUACCAUAUUGGAGACCAUCGAUCGAUAUCUCAUGCAUCUGUUCGAGACGCAGCAAGGACUGCUGGGAUUUGCGCCAGGUUUCGUGGCGGACGCAGACGACACGGCAAGAGCCUUUCUCACCAUAACCCUUCUGGGCAGCAAAGUGAGCCCUUUUGCCCUCGUCAAGCACUUCGAGGCGUCGGACCAUUUUCAGACAUACAAGCUAGAGCGCAAUCCGAGCUUCAGCGCCAACGCUAACAUUCUGAUUGCUCUGCUUCAAACACCAGACCCCGGUAUCUAUACCACGCAGAUUGAAAAAGCCGUUGGCUUUAUCCUGUCGGGUUGGGAGGAUGACGAGCUUCUCGAUAAAUGGAACCUGGCCUCAGAGUACAGUGAGAUGCUCUUGGCAACUGCCUUGACCCACCUGCUUGACCUCUGGAGUAAGGGCCAGCUGUUCGACCUGUCCCACGAGCUAGUCACGUUGCGCCUACCUAUUGCGUUAUUCCAGUUACUCUCGCGAACUUUGAGUCGUCAGUCAGUCAACGGAUCCUGGGCGAGCUCUCCGGAGAGAACUGCAUAUUGCGUCCUCCUUCUUUCCCACCUCUUGAAUCUGCCAUGGUCCGACAGCAUUCGUGAGGUGGCUCAGACAGCAUUCCACCGCGGCCGAGACUACCUCCUGGCCCAUCACAGCGAGUGGACAGAGGGGGACUACAUUUGGGUGGAGAAAGUUACCUAUAAACUGCCGAUCCUCUGCGAGACGUACUGCCUAGCGGCCAUGAGUGCCUCCGCCGAUGAAAGACAGUGGCCGGCUGAAGUCGUCGCCAUGUUCUCUGCAGAUGGCAAGAAGCUACAAGUCAUGGCCAAAUUCUUCGGGCGUCUACCGCUCUUUCAACAGACACCGGCAAAAACGUUGCUGCUCGCCGUCACGGAAGCAGCGCUGUACUCGCAACUGCUGAAGACCGUUCGUCUGGAUAUCUUCCCACGGGACGAAAUGCGCAUGACCGAGGACAAGUACAUCGAUUAUAUCCCAGCCGCUUGGUGCUGCGUCAAUGCCGCCACGGAGUUCCCCCUUUCGGGCAAGACAAUGUGGGACAUGAUGGUUAUCUCUAUGUUGAACUAUCAAGCCGACGAAUACAUGGAGACAGAUGUCGCGCGGUUGACGGUAGCCCAACUAUCCCGGCUCACCACAACGCUCAAGUCCGAGUGCUUUGACCUGCCAAUGAAAGCGGAGAGCGGAAUCAUUCAGGGCGAAAAUAACACCUUGCAACCAACGCCAGUGCCAUCAGACUCUGGAAACGAGUCCCCCACUCCAUCUCCAAAAGAGCCCGCGGACGUCAUUCGCAAGUAUAUCCAACAUGUGCGACAACACCCCUGUGUGACACGGACUCCGAGCUUCGCACAGCAAGAAGUUGCCAGAGAGCUGCAUAAAUUCCUGCUGGCGCAUAUCGCACAUAAUCGCGACAACCAGGACCUUAGAAACGGGAUCACCUUGCGUCCGGCGUACUUUGACUGGGUUCGCACGACGGGCGCCAACGAUACCAGCUGCCCCUAUUCUUUUGCUUUUUUCUCCUGCCUGGCUAGCCGGAAUCGGCCGUACUGCUUUGGAACCGCGAAGGCGCGCUAUUUUUCCCGAGCCAUGGCCUUGCAUCUUGCUACGCUCUGUCGGCAGUACAACGACUACGGGUCCAGUCGGCGCGAUGCCGACGAGGGAAACCUGAAUAGUUUAGAUUUCAAUGAGUUCAAAGAAGACGUCUCAGGCGACGGAGACUCUCGCAGGCAGACUCUCCUGGACAUUGCGGCGGGCGAGCAGGAAUGCAUGCAGCUGUAUUUCGCUCGCCUUUCUACGGAGGUUGACAGGCCGACGGCCCGGCGCAUCAAGGCGUUCAUUGACGUGACGGAUUUGUUCGGUCAGAUCUAUGUAGCGCGAGAUAUUGCGAGUAGGCAGGUUUAG